AUGUUACUCCCAAAGCACAUCCUCCUCCUCGUACCCCUGCUUCUAAGCCCCCACACCGCCGCAGAGCAAUUCCCCCUCGCCGAGAAUGUCGAGACAAACACAAACCUCGAGGAGGACAACUCCCCCUUCAUAUUCACAUCUUUGCAAGGCCUCCUCUCGCAAUGGGCAAAUGUGUACGCUCCGAUGGGAUUCUCCGUCGUGCCCGGAGUCGUACCCCCGCAAACAUUGCUAUACCACGCCCGCCGGGAUGGAGAUGCCCCGCCAAAGAUGGAGUGGCUGGCUUUUGACCCGUUUGUCUCCCUUCCCCCUUCCCCUUCGCAGCCUGCCUCGUGAUUGAUUCCGAGAUAGCGAGAUGUCAUACGGAAUCUUCGCCGCGCGCAAAAAACCAUUAUUCCUAAACACUUACUCUUCGACGAGGGAACUGAAGGUGUUAUACUUUGACGGCGGAAGCGCCGUGUUGUGUCCAAGCAAGACGGAUGCUCAGGAUGUAAUCUUGCAUGGGAAAGUUCACGGCAGAGAGGCCUGGUGUCCAGAGGACAGUGUUGAUGGUGAGCAUGACGGCGGUGGUGAUGGUGAUGACGGAAGGGACAGGCGUCCAGUAGCGUACGAUUAUACAAGGGCCAGGGAGCUGUGCGAAUGGGGGAGUGGGAUUGGGGUUGAAGGGUUCGUGCGGAUGGAUACUGGCUUGUGAGUCUGAGUCAAUCCUUUACAGAUGUGCAUGCUGGAGCUUGCUGACGAGUGUAGUGAACUCCUCUGGUGCGAUUUCGGGGUGGGGCUGGACUUGGUUUCAAGGCUGAAUAUAACGAUGGAGGAGCCGAAGGGGGAGGAUACGAAACCGGGGCAUGGACCUUGCCAUGGGCAUAGAGAAUGGAGAUGGUGGUGGUGGCCGCCAAGCUGGGGACACCAUUGUCCGGGACAUGGAGGUCCUGGGCAUCCGAAGCCUCCUCACCCUCCGAAGCCCCCGAAGCACCCCCAACCUCCCGAGCUCCCUGACCCUCCGAAGCGUCCUGAACCCCCAGAAAUUCCCGAGCCCCCGAAGCGCCCCGAACCUCCCAGGCAUGAACACAACGACAUGCUGGAUGGUCACCAGUCGUGUGGACGGCAUGAAGGACAUCCUGAACAUCCCGGUGACCACAGAAAACAUAGCUGGCGUCCAUCGUGGUGGCCCGGCAAUGGCAAAUCUCCCGGGCGGGGACACCACCACCCUCCCGGAACAGGCCACGGUGGAGGAUGUCAUUUUGGAGGACGAACGGGAUUCUAUCCGCAUAGGCGUGAAUGGCCCCCCUACGAGAGAGGCCACCAUCACCCGCCUAGGUGGGGUCGCCCCCCGCGCGGGGAACCCGGGAACGGCCAUCCCGGAAACGGUCGCCCUCACCCACCGCCCGAGAACGGAAAGCCCGGCGAGCCCUCACACGAUCCACACUCCUCACUGUCCUUUCCUCGAGCGUCCAAGUAUGCAAAUGAGAUUUCUUGGGAAUGGAUGCGAAGUGGUUCCUGGGUGGGAACACUCACCUUUCAGCCUUCUUCGAUAUAUACUAAUAAGAAUUUCUAUACUCCAGAAUUUUGGCUCCCCCGAAGCCCGGGUUAAACUCGACACCUGUAGAAUGACCACAUUUUACAGCGUCCCGAUACGAGGCCUAACCCCGCCAGGCACUCUCAACGCAAAGCGCAGCCACAGUCUUCUAAACAUCACUCACCCCCAAGCGGAAGCGAUAAAGAAGCAAAUAGAAGACAACCUUUCGAACAAGCACCUCUACUGCUCUGGCACCGACUGGCAGGAAGUCUCUGACGGCAUUGCGAGAAGAUACUUGACCCGUUUGCUCGAACUCCGCACUCUGUUGAACACGCCCCGCUUCCACAUGCCCCCAUUCAAACUCUACCGAAAAGUCCGCACCCUCGCACACGCACUUGUGAUGCCAUUCUACGAGAUUGGCUCCAGCGCCGAAGAAGCUGAGGAGAGGUGCGUAAAGGAGUACACCGGAAGACUAGACACCACGCGCCUAGGCCCAUCGGAAAACCUCUUGGUGGAUUCGGUUGAAGGUGUGCUAUCGAGAAUUUGCAAAUUGUCUCUCGGAAUAUACACUGAGAUCAUGGAGCAUCCUCCCCUCACCCCCAGCCAGGAUGAUGGGGAUGAGAACGGCGAUGAACCCGAUCACCACCACCAUCGCAUAUUCAAAUGGAAAGGAGACCUCGAAGCGCUAAUGUUGUGGCUGGACUGGUCGGGGUGGUAUAAGUGCGAGCGUACAUGUUCUUCCAACGUUCGUUCUUCCCCCCGGCUCCUCCUUCUUCCUCCCCCUUCACCCCUUGUUCGUUCGAAGAGCUAAAUUGGCAAAACAGGAAAUUUGCGCGAUACCGCUCUGGCCACUCUUUGGUGCCCCCUGGGACGGUGUCCCUGGCGAACGAUUCCUCGAAAAUCCGAGAUGUGUGAGUGUUGAAUAUAUGGAAGGGCGUGGGACAUGGAGGGGGUUGAAAUGAAGGCUGCUCGAGUGAGCAAAAUUGACAAUUACUUGAAGUACCGAGAGGGGUAUGAUGUGCCUAGCCAAGAUCUGUGUUCCAUUUCGAUUUCCUUUUUCUAUUCGCACUACAUUCGUCGUGAUCUUACCCCCAAUUUCCUCGUCGAUAAAAUGGCGAGUAUAAGAGAAUUCAUACCCACAGCCAAGCUUAUCCUCCCGCGUACAGUACUCGGGGGGGCGUAGGCCGGGCGCACUAUCAAACAAGCAGGAUGCUCUAUGUAAAUUUAUAAACUAGAACAAAUAAGUGAAUACGAGUGAUAUCUGAUG